AUGUCAUUGAGCCCAAAACACACAACGCCUUUUUCAGUGACAGACAUUUUGAGCCCCAUCGAGGAGACUUACAAGAAGUUCGGUGGCAUGGACUGCGCUGGAAACCUCGCUUCUCCGCUUGGACCUUAUCGACAACCUCAGGUCACUCAGCCCGGUAUACAACAGCACUCUAUGGGUCACGGCGCCGCCGUGGCCACUACAUACCACAUGCCACACGGAGUCUCCCAAUUCUCUCACAGUGCCAUGGGAGGGUAUUGCAACGGUGCUAUUGGGAAUAUGGGAGAUCUCCCAUCAUAUCAAGAAACUAUGAGAAACGGUGCCACAGCUUCGGGCUGGUACAACGCAAACACCGACCCAAGAUAUUCAACAAUUUCUAGAUUCAUGGGACCUUCCACAGGUAUCAACAUGACUGGAAUGGGGACCUUGACAGGAAUGGAAGCUAGCAAAUCUAUGGUUACAUUGCACGCGGCUCCCAGGAGAAAGCGACGAGUCCUCUUUUCUCAGGCCCAGGUGUACGAACUGGAAAGGAGAUUUAAGCAGCAGAAAUACCUCUCGGCGCCCGAGAGGGAGCAUCUGGCGACCAUGAUCCACCUAACCCCAACUCAGGUCAAGAUUUGGUUUCAAAACCACAGAUAUAAAUUGAAACGACAGGCCAAGGACAAAGCCUCCCAGCAGCUGCAGCAAGAAAACGGAAACUGCCCGCAGCAGCAGUCCCCGAGACGGGUGGCCGUUCCGGUGCUCGUGAAAGACGGCAAACCAUGUCAAAACGGCUCCGGCUCGGCGACAGGGGGACAACAUCAGCAGCAAAAUACCAGCGGCGGAGUCAUUCCUGCUCCCGAUAAUUCGAUGAAUCACCAGCAUGGACAACACAUGAACUCCCUAACCCAGGCCCAAGACCUCGAGGACAUGUCAUCCAGCCCUCGGUCACUACACAGCCAGAUGAGCAAUAUGUCUCAAAUAGACGCAUCUGUAAUAGAUUACGCGAAUAAUAUGGUCAGUACAAACCUCCUUUAUGGGAGAACUUGGUAG